AUGGGUGUACAAAUGCCCCCAAUGAUGUACUUUGGUGCACCUGGCUAUGUUCCAACACAUAUGCCAGCCUAUCCAUAUGUUCCACAGGCUCAAAAACAUCAAAGACAGAACAAGAACAGAUCAUAUAGUCAUAGUCAUUAUCCCUAUCAGAACACCUAUCCAAACGGCGCUCUCGAUACAGUAGUUGAUAUGAACCAGAACAAUAUGAUGUCCUCGGGUAGUGUCAUCACAACAACGGCAACUCUGCAGCCGCAACCAAUGUACAUCACGCAACCACUCGUCUAUAAUCAGCAACGUGUGCCUCGUAAGCGAUCUUCCAGCGAGAGCAACAACUCCACCAAACGAUCGAGCAACGCAAAUGGCUACUACGACAAACAACACCACUACCACCACUAUUCGCCAUCAUCUCAUCACAAUCACUCGCCUUCACAACAGACCGACACAAACAAUUCACACAACGGGCAACUCAAUAAUCAGCCAUUUGUCCCGAGAUUCUUUACCGAUCUCGACAAGGAAAUGCCAGAGCUAAUGAAGAAAUAUCUGGGUUGUGACGACGCCGCCUACGAAAACAGACACCAGAAAUCCUCAAUAUACCCAACUUUGAAGGAGUACCUCAAAGACUUUAGUUUACACAAUGAAGAGAGAAAGAAACAAAUCGAUAAAUCUCAAAAAACAAGAUGGCAAGAAAUUGCCGAAAAACUUUUUACAAUAAGUUGGCAAGAAUUUAGAGAAAAUGGUUUCGACUCUAAUAAAUCUUCUCAUAGAACAGAAUUGUUAAAGAUGAGAGAUAAGGCAAUCUCUACUGGAGAGAAAGAAAUGGAACAAAUUAUUUCAAACUACCUAUACAGUGGAUAG